AUGGCUGAUUCAAUCAACAAGAACAUCGAUGCUGCCAAAGACAAAGCAGCAGAAACUGCUGAUGCUGUCAAAGAUAAAGUAGAAGAAAAGAAGGCUGGUGCUGAACAUGAAGCUAAAGGUCUUGUUGAAACCGUGAAAGAAAAAGCCGCUGAAGCUUACAAUUAUGUCGCUGGCGGUGACGGUGAAGGAAAAGGUCUUGUCGAAACAGUGAAAGAAAAAGCCACUGAAGCUUACAACUUUGUUGCUGAGAAAGUUUCGGAAGCAACACACGCCGUUACUGGAGAAGCUCACAAAGAAGUUGCCAAAGAUUCCAACCAAUCGGUUGGUACCCGUGCCGAAGCCGCCGUUGAUGCUGUUAAAGACAAAGUCAGCGAGAAAACAAGCGAAGUUAAAGCUGAAGCUCAUAAACAAAAUUUAUAA